AUGAUGAUCCCAUCAAAGAUCUCAUUGUUUUUCAUCACCCUGUCCAUAGGAGCAUGUCAACUUGCACAGGCAGUACGGCUCUGGCCGAACGAGGUCAUUUCAAUCAAUGCAGCAGAGGACUCUGAGGGUAUUGUGAGGCAAAUCAUGGACACCGCCAACAAAAAUACUCCGAGACAAAUGAUCAGAGGGGAGAGGCUGGAUCAUCACAAGCGGGCAAGAGUUCUUCAAGGACUACGGAAAAACAAAGAUCUGAUUCGUUCAAUCGGCAAGGAAUACAAGACCAUAAGUGAUGAUAUCUUGAGUCUCCAUUUUGAACUCGGUGUACAUGUGCAUGAGGAGCUAGAGGAGAUCCGCCAAGCCCUCACAUCAAAUGUCCUAAAGCGAGUGCAACAGUUGGAUGGAACGGCUGCACACCUGCCUGGCACACCAAGCCAGUCUCAAUCACACCGGCCAAGUUCUAUCAGCCCCUUGAAUGAAAAUGUGAGGGCUGAGAUCAAUCAAAACCCCGAGGAAGACAAUAAUGGACUGGAUGCUACAAAAGAUGUUGGCAUUCUCCAAAAAUGGGAUGAUUUGCAAGCAAAGAUCGACGAAUCCAUAUUGUAUCCCCAGGGAGGCUCCUACCGCUACUACCAGUUUCAUGAUGGAAAGAUGAAUGCUAUCAAAAUCAUCCUUCAGCUGGGUGAUUUCAUCCAUCGCUGGGAGCUGGUACCAUCAGAAAUCUUCCUAAAAAUCAAUACUUUCAAGCAGAAGAAUGUAACAUCUCUUUCAGAGGAAGACAAGAAACUUAUGCUCUAUGACAUCAUGAAUAGCAGCUUUGAAAGCUACAAGCAGAAAAUGAUAGAUGAAGAAAUCAGUAAAACUUUACAGAGAUUUUUAUCUUUCAAUCCGAAAGAUCUAGAGAGACUUUCCUCAAACAUGGAAAGCCAACAGAUGCUUCAGGAAUUCAACGGUUUGAUUAAUACAAUAUACAAAAUGAUUGAUUAUUUCCAAAAUCAUGGAAUUUUGGAUGAAAGAAAAGGAUGGUUAGAGCUCCUGUUUGUAUAUUCAAGUUUAGAUUUCCUUGACAGGUACUACCAGCCAAUCAUGAAUUCAGUAAAGAAUGAGAUGGACCAGCCUGAAGUGUUUGCCCGACAACUCCACAUCAUGGGACUCUUUGUCAAAGGAUAUAAAAGGGACACCUUGGCCUUCAAUUUAGAUCUUGAGAAAGAGGAAAUGGCUGAGCUCUUUCAGAUCCUCAAAAACUACAAAAGUGAAGACAAUCCCCUCAGACAAUGGAUCUUUCACUCAACCAAAAAGAUCACUCAUACAACUCCUAAAGAGGUGGAAUCCUUAACAAAAAAGACUCCACCAGAAUCAGAUUUGAGAUUUAAAGAGUCUUCUUUGGAUUUCUUUUGA